AUGGGCCCAAGAUCAGCUUCUACCGCCUCGCCUGGCAAGAGAGGGAGACCUUCUACCAAGGCUGGCACCGCCACUGGCACGAAGGUAUCAGUCGAGGUACCAAUUCCCAAAGGUGCUGUCGCAAGGGAGACAUCGUCAUUUAGCUUGGAGAGCGUGCUGCAUUUUGCGCUUUUGGCUGGCAGUAGCUUGCUGCUGAGCACGGCGCUCUUCUCUCUCAGCGUCCCGAUAACAAAGGGGGACUUGGCAUGGACGAGCAAGCGCUUAGACUCUUGGAGGGAUGUCAUGGUGCUCCUCGCAUGGCGGGUUAUUGAGCUGGCGGUACCUUGGUUUUCGGGAUAUGACGCUUGGGAUGCGUUAUGUUUUAUCGGCCUCGUUCACCUUCCGGCAUAUUCUCUCCUGCUCAACUUUUAUAACAUUCGGCCAACGACGAUAAUCGCUGUUGCGACCUUUACCAUUCUAUCGAGCACGAUUCCGUUUUCUUACUUCCGUCCGCUGGGUCCAGCGCAUAGUGGCAGCCCGGCUGUCAACCGUGCCAUUCUUGCGGAUGGUCUCACUACAGCUUACAUCACUGUGGCUUCCACCCUUGUAUACACCACGUUUAUAUACCUCAGCUUUGUGACAUGGCUUCCAACUCAUCUUGUCACAUAUUUUAAUGGGCUCCCUGAUAUCACUGCCGCUCAUGCCGGGCCAAAGGGAUUUGUGUCGCUUUUUCUUAGUCUUUUGCCUGCAGGAUACGGAGCGAGAGAUCUUUUAUUCGUCACAUCUGCUAGCCAGCCACCAGAAAAGAAAACCGAGCCAAAAACGACACGUCGACGACUUCGGUCAUCGGAUUCGCGAAACGAGGAGGAAGAGCAACGAGAAGAGUCCUGCAUUGCUUCACUUUAUAAGAAGGCCUGGCUUGGGCUAUCUCCUGCUUCAAGGACACUUAUAUCACGGUCACUAGCUUUGGCCCUUAUGACUCUAGCCAACACCUUCGUGCAAUUAGCAGGUACAAUCAGCGGGGUAGAGCCUAAGGGAGCCUUGGGAUGGGGUUCGAUUUGGUCACUUGCCACACUAGUCAACGCUUUCUUUUAUUGCUGGGUUCAAGAAGCAAGCGGUGUAUGA